CGCGGAAAGUGGGGGAAGGUCCCGGCUCUCGGGGAGCCUGCGUCUGUCGUCGUCCCUCCCUUCCGCCACCCCGCCUCCCUUCUCGUACUUCUGUCUUCACUUUCUCGGGGCUGGUCGGCAGCAAAAGGGCAAAAGGGCGCAUGCAGUGAAGUCAGGUCCCGAAAUCACCAGGGGAUUUUUUUGCGGGGGAGAAGGUGGAAAGAAAGAACAGUGACCAGACUGGCUCCAGCACCGAUGGCUUCAGCCAGAGGCCAAGGCAGCCGCGGUGACACUUCCUCAAAGUGAAAGCGAAAGCCAAGUAGGCGGAGAGGACUGACGGGGCCCGGCGGUUGGCCAGGCAGGGGUGUUUGGAGCCCCUUCUCCAGCCGGGACCUGGCCAGCGAGGGGCAAAGGAAGGGCGGCGGGGGAGGAGGGCCUGAGAGCAGCCCCCAUGGGCGCCCGGGGGUGGUGCCUGCUGGUCUGCUUGGCUCUCUCCGGGGCGGCAGACGCCGAAAGGCAGUGGCGGGCAGUGGACGUGGUCUUGGACUGCUUCCUGAUGGGGGAAGGUGGGCACCAUGGAGGUUUUGCCAGCAGUGAGAACAUGGUGAAGGCCCUGUUGGUGCUGAAGCAGGUGCCAGUGCCAGAUGAUGGCUCCCUGGAAGGCCUCACGGAUUUCCAAGGGGGCACACUGGCCAAGGAUGACCCCCUCAUUACCUUCGAGGCCUCAGUGAACCUGGUACAGAUUCCCCAGGCCGAGGCCUUGCUCCAUGCUGACUGCAGUGGGAAAGAGGUGACCUGUGAGAUCUCCCGCUAUUUUCUCCAGGCCAGGCCAGAGGCCACCGUGGAGACAGCAGCCUGGUUCAUCACCAAUGUGCAGGUGUCUGGAGGGGGACCUGGUCUCUCCAUGGUGAUGAAGACUCUCGGGGAUGCUGAGAAUGGGGCUGUCUUGCAUCCAACACUGAAGGUGCCCCUGAGCCCCCAGGGGACUGUGCGGACUGAAGUGGAGUUCCAGGUGACGACACAGACCCCAUCCCUGAAUCUCCUGCUGGGUUCCUCAGCCUCCCUGCACUGUGGCUUCUCCGUGGCACCAGGCUUGGACAUCACCGCUGUGGAGUGGCGGCUGCAGCAUAAGGGCAGUGGCCACCUGGUGUACAGGUGGACCACUGGGCAGGGGCAGGCCAAGCGGGAGGGCGCCACCCUGGAGCCUGAGCAGCUGCUCAUGGCUGGGGACGCCUCCCUCGCCCUACCCAGCCUCACUCUGAAGGAUGAGGGGGCCUACGUCUGCCAGAUCACGACCUCCCUAUACCGAGCUCAGCAGAUCAUCCAGCUCGACGUCCAAGCUUCCCCCAAAGUACAACUGAGCUUGGCGAACGGAGCUCUGCCACCCACCCUCAUCUGCAGUGUCACUGGCUAUUAUCCUCUGGAUGUGACUGUGACAUGGAUCCGGGAGGGGCUGGGUGGAGCCCCGGCCCCAGUCUCUGGCGCCUCCUUCUCCAGCCUCCGGCAGAAUGCGGCAGGCACCUACAGCAUCUCCUCCUCCCUGAGAGCAGAGCCUGGCUCUGCGGGUGCCACUUACACCUGCCAAGUCACCCAUGUCUCCCUGGAGGAGCCCCUGAGGGCCAACACCUGGGUUGCCCUGCCAGAGCAGAGGACGGCCUUUGGAGUCCUUUUCGCCAGCAGCCUCUUCCUCCUGGCACUGCUGUUCCUGGGGCUGCAGAGACGCCAAGCUACCUCACCAAGGCCUGCCAAGACCCCGAGGCACUCUGGGUAGCCCCUCUCCUGCCUUAGGUGUGAGAGAGAGUCACAUUCUUCCAGAAGAACUCUAAGUCGAGUCCCAGACGCCCAGGAAAAGGUGUGAAGAAGGCACAGAUCACUGACUCUGGCUCUGGAUUUCUGCGGGCCUCUGCCUUCCUUCACUGCCUGCCCUGGGCUGAUAUGCCAGGAGACAAAGCGUGAAGAGGUGAGAGGGUGGCAGGAAGGCAGGAGGUCUGGGUGGAGGUUAAAACAUGAGCCAGGUUUGAGGUGUGGUUGUAGGAAAAAGUAACAGAAAAAAAUUAAGAAAGGAGCAGGUGAGGGACAGUGGGACAGGGUCAGGGUUGGACGACCACACACCAUCUUUGAACUCUGUCCAAAUAAAAGCCCCUCAUGUCCUGGGAAGCAAAGCUUUUCCACUUUCCUGUCUCUCCCCACACUGGACCCUGCCCCCCAGCCUGGCUGCUUGGCUGGCAACGUGUUCGAGGUAUGAAACGAAGUCCCUCAGAGGCGGCCCUGGGGCCACCCCAGCUGCUCAGUGUAACCUUGAGCCGCAAUUAAGCUCCUGCACCUUUGGAGAGUUGCUGGGCAUUUCAGGACAGCCGACUCCCUCGGCUGCAGGGGAGAGAGUUCUCCUUUUAGUCAUUUCUAAAACCGGCCUGGUCAGCACAGUGGAACUUGGCAGAAGACAGCCAUGCAUGGGGAUGGGGGCUGUGGGGAGCAGAGCGUGUCCACUGGGGGCCUCCUCGGGGCCUGGCCCAGGACCUGGAGGGAGGAGGUGGCAGAUGUCUGAGAAAACCUGCGGUGUUUGUCAGUGAGAUACCCGCGCGGCUUCCUGCCAUGGCUUCCUGUCACCCACACCUGGAAGAGCUGGGCUGAAGGCUGACAGCAGAGCCCACUUCCUCUGCCAACACCCAGAUCUUUAAUCUCAAGAAGACUGACAGCAUGCAUAAGCCACCCUUCCGGCGCAGAGCACCCUCAGAAAGGAUCUAGAGAGAAACAAGUCCCCUCCACCCCACUGCACUCACUCCAACCCAAACAAUAGCCAAGUCGGUGUAGUGGUAGGAAGUUGUAUUUUUUUUUUUUUUUUGCCUUUGUUCAGAAUACAGGAAAUUGGUAAAUAUGCCACAUGCCUUUGGUGGGAGUACAACCGUAAUUAUUUCUAUACAAAUAGGAGACGGGUUAGGAAAAAAGAGAGAUGAUGACAGACACACAGUGGAGACCCCACAUCGUCUCACGGCAAACCCAAGAGGGGCUGUGGGGACUCGGCCUCACGUGACUGCCAAGCCCUGGGCUUAGUUGCAUAUCUGCUCGUGCACAUGGGUGGUGGGAGGGAAGGAGGGCAGCGAAGACACAGAAGAGGGUACAGGGAGGGCUGAGAAAGAGAGUAGGAGGGCUAACGUCCCCAGAAGAACACAGCAAACUACACCUGGGACAGAUGGGACAGAAACCCAGGAGUGAUUCCUGUGACGGGGCGGGCCAAGAGGGUGGAUUUGCCCCAGGCUUGGGACACAUCGAGGACAGUGGUGGUUCUUCUCCAGCGGUGACCCCCUGCCUUAGGCAAGGGGAGCCCAGAGGAGAGUGGAGGCCUUCGAGGGGGCCGUUAGGAGGGUACACUGACUGCCUUCGUCCAGCUCUUCUGUCCUGCCUGGGGGCAGGACGAAGGGAAUGUGGGAACAGGGCAAAAGGAGAGGAAGAAUGGUUCUGCGUCACGAAAUGCUGCUGGGCUGCAUGGAAAGUGAGCCGGCCCAGCCUGGCCUCCGCCUCCUCCUGCUGGCGACCGUGGACAGAAAGAACAAAGGGACAUGGGCGGUCCCCUUUCUGUUCCCAGCCGACCCUCCUCUCCUCACACCCGGGUCUGUCCUACUCAGUGCCUGUCCUGAAGCCCAGCACCAGCCCCUGAGGCAGGCUGAGCAGCUCCGUCCUCAGGUCCCACUGUCUGUGCCACAAACCAUGCAACGAGGAGGAAAGGAAAGGGAGUCGAGACAGGCCAGGGUGCUGUGGAAGGGGAACGCACUGCGGGAAGAACACAGAGGCCGCUCUGGAUGCGAAGGCCCCACAGCAGCACAGCAGCCCACAAGCAGGCCCGUCUGCUGACGUCCCACCUCCACCCCAAGGCUGGGCCGCCAGGGGCACUGAACUCUAAACACUCAGCAGCGGCUGGGCCUCAAGGCCUUCUCGCCGCAUCCCUGUCUUUGGCAAGUACAUGGGGGCGGUGUGAGGGGAAGGACUCCCAGAGGAUCCGGGGCUCCUCACCUCUGACACCUCAUCCUCCUUCAUCACCAGGAAGAGACGUACAGUACAGGACCCUCACAACAAGAGGGCAAUAAGUGGCUUCCUCUGAGCUUGUUAUUUUCAGAUUAGGCCCUUGACUCGCUGUUUCUCUGUAACUAACAGGCGUUCUCUCGUUAUC